GCCCCGAUACGCGCUUGGAACAUAGGAACCCUCGACACGGAAGGACACAUCGCUGCCUCCUGCACCGUCGCUAAGGAAACACCGCCGUGUGACCCCACCUCGCCUCCGACCUCUCAACCGGGAGCUAACGUUUAGCUUAGCGCCAGCCUGUUAGCCCAGCUGACCGUGUCCCGGACCUCCCAGCAGCGUUUCUCCUCCUGCUCUCCUCCUGGGCUUCUGUCGCGUUCACCAUGGCAGAUGAUGCCUUCACCGACAUCAGUGGGAAGACCAUUUCCCUGGACUGCCAGACCCACUCCAGCUUCUGCAGGGAGUUCACCGUCAGCUCCCCCAAAGUGUCCAUCGGGAAGGUGCUGGUGUACACCUGCUCCGUGUGGCUGGUCGCAUACAUCGUGUUCUUCUUCACAGAGAACACUGCUGUGCUGUCCAGUGCCAUCAUCAUCACCCUGGUGGGUAUGAUGCUUCACAUCCACUUAGUGAAGGUGGACCACGAGUCGCUGCUCGUCAUCGGGUCCUUGGGGAUUCAGGUAACCUCCAGCUACGCCUCGGGCCGCGAAACCACCACUUUCAUCGAGAAGAGCAAGAUCAAGGAUAUCGUCAUCAAUGAAGCAAUUUACAUGCAUCAGAUCAUCUACUACCUUUGUGUGCUGUUGAAGGACCCGUCAGAACCUAAUGCAGUGUCCAGCGUUGUGCCUUUGUUCCAGAGCUCGAAGCCUCGACUGAACUGCUUGGAGAAGGUUUACAGAAGCUGUCAAGAAAUUCUUUCCAAAUGCUGAUGACACCCAACUUGUAUAACAACAGAGUUUCUGGCUGCACAACAUACUUUCAGUGUUUCUUCACUCUAGUAAUUUUAUUUUCCGUGGACGAAAGCAGAGAGUGUGAGCAUUAUUUAGUUUAGUUUAAUUUGAUGUACAGUUAAAUUUUUCUAUGUAUUUUCUCCUUUUUUUGUCUUAACCUUUUUUGUAUUGUACUUAAUCCUGUAGUUACUUGAAUAACUUGUGUACAAAUAGCACUAGUCUAACUUUACCUAAAGAGCCAAACUUUUUAAGUACACUGUAUUAAAAGAAAUUGUAUUUAACAAUUGUCCUUUGUCACACCAUUGUCAUACUGUAUAUUUUGAUAAAAAUCUUUUUGAAUAAUC